AGAAAUCCGAUUUCUUGGCCGUUGUUCCACUUGACUCACCAUGCCUUAUACUGGACGUGACAUUGCAUUGUUCGUAAUUGCAUUUUUCUUUCCACCCAUCGCCGUAUGGAUUAGAAGAGGAAUUUGCUCCACUGAUUUUCUUAUCAACGUCUGCUUGACCUGCUUGGGUGCCAUUCCUGGAAUCAUCCACGCCUUCUAUAUUGUACACAAGUACAAUGACUACUUUGAAGAUAUUGAAUCAGGCGGUUUGGAGUACCAACCUGUACCAACUCAUGCACAGGACUCAGUAUCGUACGGAGCUACUAAUAAUGCAGAAUAAAUCGUAGAAUUUUAGCUUCAACUACUUUGAUGCGGUAAUUUGCUCAUCUUGUGUAUCAGUAUCCACGGAAAGAUUAUAUUCUCGUAAAUUCAAAAAAUAAUAAAAUCUAUUGUGUGCCCUUUGGCUUGAGUAUAUUAUCCGGAUGGUCGUAAGCUAAUGUAACAAACUUGGUGUGUCGUCCUUGGCAGACUAAUGCAAUAGUAGAGG